AACUACCCACCACUAAUUCCAACGCCUCUCAUCAAUUAAAACGCUCCUCUCCGUCUCUCUUCUUUGUUGCUUCGUUCUUCUCCUUCCUCUGCCUCCAAAGCUCAGCCUCUUUCCCUCCAGUUCCUGCCUCACUCUAAUUCAUCAGUCUACCUACACUCCACACAGGCUUUGGGGGGGUCUGGAGUUGGACCCUUACCGAUCUGCAUCUUUGUUUCUACUGACUAAGAAAGAAGAAAAGAUAAAAAUGGGUGCUGAUGGUAAGGUCUACACCUUAGCAGAAGUCUCACAGCACAACAAUUCUAAGGAUUGCUGGCUUGUUAUUGGUGGAAAGGUAUAUGAUGUUACAAAAUUCUUGGAGGAUCAUCCUGGGGGUGAUGAAGUUUUGUUAUCAGCAACAGGGAAGGAUGCAACUGAUGAUUUUGAGGACGUUGGGCACAGUAGCAGUGCGAGAGCAAUGAUGGAUGAGUACUUUGUUGGAGAGAUUGAUGCAUCUACCAUCCCCGCAAAGACCAAAUACAUCCCUCCCAAACAGCCUCACUACAACCAGGACAAGACUUCGGAGUUUAUCAUCAAGCUACUUCAAUUCCUGGUUCCCCUUGCAAUCUUGGGGUUGGCUGUUGGUAUCCGCUUCUACACCAAAUCAACCUCCUAAGUGGUCAAGAACAUUGGUAGACAGUAUUCCAUAAUAAGUUUGUUUCAGUGGUCAAAGACCCCUUCAAGUGAUCUGUUUCAUUGUAGUUGUUACAACCCAGGGGGCUAGUAGGGCAGUUAGUUUGUCCGGUAGCAUAGUAACUUCUGUACUGCGAAAAAUUCACUUGUUUCUAGGUUUAUUUUUAUUUUCGUGCAAGGUCUGGGCAUUUCUUCUUUGUUAAACCUACCAUCUGAAAUCUCUCUUGGUCUUGGUUUUUUUUU